AUGUGCUUUCUCUACAUAGUGUCGCUGCAGGAUAUCAACAUGAAGAAAGCCUUCAAAAGCUCCACAGUGCAAGACCAGCAGGUGGUAUCAAAGAACAGCAUCCCCAAUCCCGUGGCUGACAUUUACAACCAGAGCGACAAACCACCCCCUCUGAACAUUCUCACACCAUACAGAGAUGACAAGAAAGAUGGGCUGAAGUUCUAUACUGAUCCUUCCUAUUUCUUUGACCUCUGGAAAGAAAAAAUGCUCCAGGACACGGAAGACAAAAGGAAAGAGAAAAGGCGACAAAAGAGAGAGAAACACAAGCUGAAUCCCAACAGAAUCCAGCAGAUAAAUGUGAGAAAAGUGAGAACAAGAAAAGAAGAGUGGGAGAGGAGGAAAAUGGGGAUUGAGUUUAUGAGUGACACCAGGACGCUGGAGCAGGCAGGGAGCGUGAAAGAGGACAGAAUGCCCAAAGGAUCUCAUGCCUCGGAUGUCACGGAUUACUCCUAUCCGGCCACGCCAAACCAUUCUCUGCAGCCUCAGCCAGCGACGCCUUCUUAUGCAGCUGGUGAUGGGCCUCCACAUGGGACAGCCAGCCAGGCCCCUGAGCAUGAGUUCAGACCGCCCUCUGCCUCGGCCAGACACAUGACCCUCAACAGACCACAGCAGCCACCCCCACCACCCCCACCGCAAGCUGCAGAUGGGUCUCAGCUAUCCACUCCAUUGCAUGGCGCCCCAGUGGCCGAGGCGAAGCGCCAGGAAUCCGCCCAGCCGCCCAUCAGCGAUGCGCGCAGCGAUCUUCUGGCUGCCAUCCGAAUGGGAAUCCAGCUGAAAAAGGUGCAGGAGCAGCGGGAACAAGAGGCCAGACGCGAGCCCGUGGGGGACGACGUGGCCACGAUCCUCUCCAGGCGCAUCGCCGUGGAGUACAGCGACUCGGACGACGACUCAGAGUUCGAUGACAACGACUGGUCGGACUGA